AUGUUGUCCUCCACAAUAGGUAACCCAGCCAGUAAACCCACGGGGCCGCCCCAUGGCCCAGACCACAGCAGCACCACCCCAGGUCAACCCCAGCCCAUGUCCCCGUCCGGACCUCAGAUGGCCUUCUUUGGACCUUCAGCAUGUACAGCAGUGCCCUCUAGUGGUGCGCCCACACCCUGCAGCGAGAAGGGCUCCUCGCAGGAGAACGAGAGUACAGGGAAUGAGAGCGACGGUAGUCGGGCGGGGUUUUUCAUCGGAGAUGAUGAUGAUGCAGAUGAGGCAGACGCCAGAUACAGCCGGUCAGACAGCGAGUCCCAGGAGUCUGACUAUGAGCCAGACCGUCCCAUUAUCGUGGGGAUCUGCUCCAUGGCUAAGAAGGCCCAGUCCAAACCUAUGAAGGAGAUCUGUGCUCGGCUGGAGAAGUUCAAGUUCCUGAAGGUUCUGGUGUUCGAGGAGACCGUCAUCCUCAACAAGCCUGUGGAAGAGUGGCCUCUGUGUGACUGUAUCAUCUCUUUUUAUUCCAAAGGCUUCCCACUAGACAAGGCGGUUAAGUACACCCGGCUGAGAAAACCCUACCUGGUGAACAACCUGGACAUGCAGUACCUGAUACAGGACCGACGAGAGGUGUACAGAAUCCUACAGGAACAGGGCAUUGAGCUACCCAGAUAUGCCGUUUACAACAGGGACAUGGGCAGCACGGAAGAGUCGACACUAGUGGAAGGGGAGGACCAGGUAGAAGUAGACAAUGUGGUUUUCCAGAAGCCAUUUGUAGAGAAACCAGUCAGUGCUGAGGACCACAACGUCUACAUCUACUACCCCACUUCUGCAGGAGGGGGCAGCCAGAGGCUCUUCAGAAAGAUUGGCAACAGAAGCAGUGUCUACUCCCCCGAGAGUUGUGUGAGAAAGACCGGCUCAUACAUCUACGAAGAGUUCAUGCCAACAGACGGUACGGAUGUCAAGGUCUACACUGUAGGACCAGAGUACGCCCACGCCGAGGCGCGGAAGUCACCGGCACUGGACGGGAAAGUCGAGCGUGACAGCGAAGGGAAGGAGGUUCGCUACCCCGUCAUCCUGAACAACCGGGAAAAACUCAUCGCAAAGAAAGUCUGUCUCGCCUUCCAGCAAACUGUGUGUGGGUUUGACCUGUUACGAGCCAACGGGAAGUCUUACGUGUGCGAUGUGAACGGAUUCAGCUUCGUGAAGAAUUCCAUGAAGUACUACGACGACUGUGCCAAGAUUUUAGGGAACAUGAUAAUGAAAGCGCUGGCCCCGAGACUGUCCAUCCCCUGGUCUGUACCCCUGGAGGAGGAGGAUAUCCCCAUUGUACCAACCACCAGUGGAACCAUGAUGGAGCUGCGGUGUGUGAUCGGGGUGAUACGACAUGGAGAUCGCACGCCAAAACAGAAGAUGAAGAUGGAAGUCAGACAUCCAAAAUUUUUCGAAGUCUUUCGGAAGUAUGGAGGUUUUAAAAAGGGAAAACUCAAGCUGAAGCGUCCCCAACAGCUACAGGAAAUUCUGGAUGUGGCUCGCUAUUUGCUACAUGAGAUAGAAAACUCAACAUCUGACCCAGAAAUCGAGGAAAAGAAGUCCAAACUUGAACAACUGAAGAGUGUACUAGAAAUCAGGCGCAGGUACCCCAAAACAGUCGAACGGUUUCUCAUUAGGUACGGACACUUCUCUGGUAUCAACCGUAAGGUCCAGCUAAAGUACCAGCCACAGGGGUUCAAGAAACAGUCCAGUAGUGAGGAUGGUGAACCCUCCACGGAGCCGUCCAUCCUGCUGAUCCUGAAGUGGGGAGGAGAGCUGACCCCAGCGGGAAGGGUCCAGGCUGAGGAGCUGGGCAGGGCCUUCAGGUGCAUGUACCCCGGAGGACAGGGUGACUAUGCAGGUUUCCCUGGGUGCGGUCUCCUGCGUCUGCACAGCACCUACAGACAUGACCUCAAGAUCUAUGCCUCAGACGAGGGACGGGUGCAGAUGACUGCUGCUGCUUUUGCCAAGGGUCUGCUGGCCCUGGAGGGAGAGUUGACUCCGAUCCUUGUACAGAUGGUGAAGAGUGCCAACAUGAACGGGCUGCUGGACAAUGACAGCGAGUUCAUCAACUAUCACCAGUGCAGGGUGAAGUCCCGACUACAUGAAAUUAUGCGGGAGAACAGGAACUUUGACACUGAGACAAUCCCCAAGCUUGCCCCGACCAAGAGCACGUCCCUUGUGAACUCCAUCAGCAUGAUAAAGAACCCGGUCAUCAUGUGUCAGCAGGUCUACGCGCUGGUGCAGUCUCUAACCACGCAGAUCAGGCAACGCAUGGAGGACACCAAGUACAAGAACAUUAUCCUGUACCACAGUGAGACACUGGAGCUGAUGCACCGGCGCUGGGCAAAACUAGAGAAGGACUUCAAACUGAAGAGUGGGCAGUUUGACAUCAGUAAGAUCCCCGACGUCUACGACUGCAUCAAGUACGACGUCAUGCACAACUCUGGACUCAACUUCGACCACAUGAUGGAACUGUACACCCUGUCCAAGAGCCUGGCUGAUGUCAUUAUUCCACAGGAGUAUGGUAUCAUGCAGCAGGAGAAACUGGAGAUCGCCCAGGCCAUCUGCACCCCGCUUCUCAAGAAAAUCCGCGCAGACCUUCACCGGACACAAGAGGACGACACGGUGAACAGACUCAACCCCAAGUACUCCCGCGGGAUCUUGUCACCCGACCGACACGUGCGCACUCGCCUCUACUUCACCUCGGAGAGCCACAUCCACUCCCUACUGUCUAUACUCAGAUACGGAGGUCUGUGUUUGGACUCAGAUGAACAGUGGAAGCGUGCGCUUGAGUACAUGAGUGCUGUCACGGAGCUGAACUACAUGACUCAGAUUGUCAUCAUGUUGUACGAGGAUCCCAAGGCUGAGCCAGAGUCAGAAACGCGGUUCCAUGUGGAGCUCCACUUCAGUCCUGGUGCAAAGUGUUUCAACGAGGAGGACAACUUUGUGGUCGGUCCCGGAUUCAGACCCAUUCCACUCGACCCAACUAAGGAGGAAGGAGCUAACAACAAUGGUAAAACCUCACCCAAGUCGCCCAAGUCUCCUAAGAAGGGUGAGAAAGCACACGCCAAACGCGAGUCCUCCAGCGCGGGAAGACGGAGAGGGGAGAGGGACCCGUCACGCUCGCCGACACUACCAGUACCAAUUCAGCAGAAAACGGGAGCCACGGUGGGACCAUCUGGCCAGAGGAACCCCCCUCUACUCCGGCUGAAGGAGGAGCAAAGGAGUGUGGAUGACAGGGCAGGACAUACGGCUGCCCAGAGCCUGUUCAGUAACACGAUCCUGAGCAGUUCCUCCAGUGCGCCAAACCUGCAGACCUACAACCCCAUGGCUACAGGCAGGAAGUUCUCUGCACCACAUGUCGUAACACCUGUCUCAGGGAUUGAGAGCUACUCGACCGUUCCGUCCAUCCACCCCCUGGAGACUCUCCACAACUCGCUGUCCCUGAAGCAGAUUGAUGACUUCUUUGGUUACGUCAUCAAGGAACCCAGCCGCCCCCAGACCCCGACAACAGUGUCUCCACCCAAACCUUCCACACCAAACAUGUACAUUCCUCGCAUGGUCCAGCCGUCCAACCUGUUGUUUGUAGGUAAUGUGAACAGCAGCUGGCCGACCUCGGCAGCCUCGAGUGCUGGGCCUUCCUCCCCGACCUCCAUGGAGCGGGACAUGGCCGCCCAGCUGGACCGGAUGUUCGACGAGGGGAUGAUCGAAGCCGCCGAAAAAUUCUCCGGAGAUUCACCACGAGACGACCAUCGGAUCGUCCGACCGACGCCGGCGAAACCCGGGAACGAGAUGACAGUGCCAGCACACCCUGGGAAUGAGAGCGCCCCAAUGCAUGAUGGGAGCGAGGCGGCAGCAAGCUGCCCCGGGAAUGUGUGCGCCGUACCUCCCCGCAGCUCGGAGAUGGUGGACAUCCCGUCACCGAUCCUCGAGGAAGGAGAGGUACCUAUGGAGAUCGACAGCACAGUUAUAAACAACAUGACCAACAGCUGGGACGCACUGCUGCUACAGGAGGCAAUAGCAGGCAGAACAGGGGCCAGUACGGACCACACAACUGCUGUGAACAGAGGAGAAAAUGGCAGCUGUACAUGGGACCAAGAAAUGGUUGGCGACACUGCGUCAAAUCCUGAACCACCUAGUUCUGUAGGAAGUGACUGAACUCUGACUUUCAUAAUAUCUGGAAUAAAAGAGACAUUAUGUAUACGUGUCCUAAUCUGUCUUGAAUUUGUGAGGUUUGACGCUUGA